AUGACGGUCAUGCGAGAGCAAAUGGAGCGCAAGCAAGAAGCGCCGGCCAAGGGAGCUGAGAAAAAAUCUCCUCAGCAAGACUCGACCGGCCAAAAGAAAGAAGGAAAAAAGAGAAAGGAAGUCAAGGUGGCUGACGCCCAAUCACAGAAGUCCAAGAAGGUCAAGGCGUACGAGCCUCAGUUUGAAUUCAACAAGGAUUGUUAUUCUAUCUUGAUGGAAAUCAAGGAUAAGUUUGAGUUUGAGAAGCCACAGCCGCUGAGAGGCCCGGCUCAGUAUAGGAACAAGAACAAGUAUUGUCAUUACCACAAGGACGUGGGACAUGACACAAAUGAUUGUAUCAACUUAAAGAGACUGCUGGACAAGUUAGCCGAGAAGGGCAUGCUGAAUUCAUAUGUGAUGAAGUCCAAAUUCACUUACACACGGACAAACAACACGUCCGAGAAAAGACAGAAGAAUGAUAAUAACAAAGAUAAAGAAGAUGAUGGCAACAACACUGAUUCAGGCUUUGUGGCCGUGAUAUCAGGAGGAUUUGCUUCAGGCGGCCCUACUAUGAGGGGGAUCAAGCAGAACGCCCGGAACUUGGGUAAAGUAAUGCAAAUGGAUUCAGUGAAGGCCGAACCUUUCCCCGAAGUAGUCAUCAGUGAAGCUGAUCGGGGGGAGGUCAAAGCCUUGCACAAUGAUCCCAUGGUAUUCAUUAUUAAGAUAGCCAACUGGAAGGUCGGACGAAUAUUAAUUGACACGGGUAGCUCGGCUGAUAUCAUCAGCCUGGCCGCCUUGAAAAAUCUAAGCUUCCCAGAGGAUGCUCUCCAGGACAUCCCUCACCCGUUGGUUGGAUUUGAGGGGAAUGUCAUCCACCCAGUGGGACGGAUUGACUUACCUGUCUGA